AUGAAAUCUAUUUUUCCUGGACCUCCUUCUUCAAUUCAAGCUUGGAUAGCACCUUAUUUGACAACUUUAAAUAUGUAUGAACUUUCUAAACAUUUUCAUGUUGUUUUAGGGGCUUCAUUGUUUUAUCAAUUUUUAUUUAUAGUUUCUCCUUUUAUUUCAAAAAGAUUAUUUACAUCAUAUUUAACUUUAAACUAUCCAACACGUAUAAAAUGGGAUGUGCACUUUGUCAGUAUAAUCCAGUCUAUAUUAAUUUCUUGUUUAGUACUGAGAUGUUAUCAAGAUGAUAAAUUGAAACAAGAUAGAUUGUUUGGAUAUAGUGCAUAUAGAGCAGUAAAAGAUAUAUACUCUCUUGCAUGCGGAUAUUUUCUUUGGGAUACAAUAACAUCAUUUCGUUAUAUAUCAUUGUUUGGUGUUGCUUUUUAUUUGCACGGUAUGGCAGCUUUAUCAGUUUUUUUGUUUUCAUAUAAACCAUUUUUAAUGUACUAUGGUACGGCUUUUUUAGCAUUUGAAUUCAGUACACCUUUUUUGAAUAUACAUUGGUUUCUUGAUAAAUUACAAAUGACAGGAGGAUUGUGUCAACUAAUAAAUGGAAUUGUACUUCUUGUUGUUUUUUUUCUUGUUAGAAUUCUUUGGGGAUUAUAUGCUGCAUUUAAUGUUUUUUCUGAUAUAUAUUAUAAUUUGAGUAUUGUACCACUCUAUCUAGCAUUAAUAUACCUUACUGCAAAUAUAUUACUUAAUAUUUUAAAUUUUUAUUGGUAUUCUAAAAUGUUAAGUGCUUUAAAAAAAAGGCUAAAAGACCCUAAAAAUUAUAUAAAAAACAUAUAA